AAAGUGCAGGAGGGGACCUGAGAAGGUGAAGGCGGAAGAAGUAAAGAAAAGCUCCAGCAGAGAAAACUCAGAAAGAAAAACGAGAAAUCAGGAUUUUAUGCUGCUGGACGAAGAACGAUAACAAUCUCGCUAUGGGCCUGUGUGACGGCCUCUCCCACUGUAAACUGGCUCUGGCCUUCGCUGUGCUGAUGGACUUACUGGGAGGAGCGGCUCUGCUGGUGGGAGUCUUCGCCCCGCUGGAGAUCAAGGGACAGGACUUUGGAGACUUGCUGGUCUACACUGGAGCUCUGUUCGUGGUCAUGUCUCUGGCCGGCUGGGUUCUGUGGUACAGCGGGAACAUCGAGGGUCUGACGUCCCGGAAGGAGCUCGGACACAUCAGCAGCGCCGUCGACCGGCUGGCCCGAAACCUGAGCCGCAAGAUCCGCACGUACCGGACCAACCACUGACCCUUUCAGAGUAAAAGCCUGCCCGUACCAGACCAACCACUGACCCUUUCAGAGUAAAAGCCUGCACGUACUGGACCAACCACUGACCCUUUCAGAGUAAAAGCCCGCUCUCGCUGUCUGUCAGUAUUAGUGUAAGAUGUCUUUAGUGUUACAAACCUGUCAGAAACAUUUCACCUGCGGUCCUGUUACAUUGUCCUGACGUUUUAUUAUGAUCAGUGUUUUUAUUUUUGUAGUGUUUUAGAUUCAGUGGUCUCUUUCUUGAUUUCAAUAAACACAUUUUUAUACAUUAUAA